AUGGUAGAGAAACGAGGCUUUAAGAAACGGAAGCAGUUGGGCAAAGGCAAACGACAUAAAGAGUUGGCAAAUGAUGACCAUAAAGAUCCGGAGAAAGAAGACUAUCUCGAGUCGGAGAAUCAUGACCUUGAAGACGUUACCAAGGACGCGAUAAAAGAUGCCCAUAAUGAUGAUAAAGACACUGAUCCAGAUGCUCAACUAGUUAAGAAACGGAAACCAAAUGGACCCUCUAAUAUUUCCAGUUUCUCUUCCGAUAGCCCUGGUCCAGAGAUGCUCGCGUUAACAAAUGCUCAUGGACCAAAGAAUAUCCGCACCACUACAAUCACAGACUUCCAACCGGAUGUAUGUAAAGACUUUCUUCAAACGGGCUAUUGCGGUUACGGGGACACGUGUAAGUUCAUUCACGUUCGAAACGAAUCCACUCAGAAGAAGCCUGUGCGAAGAGAUUGGGAGAUCUCCACCAGCAAACCAUCAUCAGAGGGAGACAUUGGUGGUAAAGAAUUACCCUUUAAAUGUGCUGUGUGCAAGAAAGACUAUGAUCAACCAGUGGAGACUAAAUGCAGUCACGUGUUCUGUAAGAAGUGUUUUAUGGAUCGAUAUAAGAAGGGUAAGACAAGAUGUUAUAUUUGUCAAGAAGAAACCAAUGGCAUAAUAUCACCGUAUAAAGUAGACAAGUAA